CUCUCUCUCUCUCUCUCUCUCUCUCAAGCGCGCGCACACACACACACACAAAAGAAGGAUGAAGGAUAACGUUGUUCUGUAUCCUUCUCCGGGGAUCGGUCACCUGGUAUCCAUGGUGGAGCUAGGCAAGCUUAUACUCAAAGACUACCCAUCCUUCUCCAUCUCCAUCCUCAAUACACCCCGACCAUACAACACAGGCUCCACCACACCCUACAUCAACCAUGUCUCCUCCACAACUCCAUCCAUCAACUUCCACAACCUCCCCGCCGUUCCAAUCUCUCCCGAUUCCAUCUCCUCCCCUCACCACGAAGCUCUCCUCUUCGAGGGACUCCCCCUCAACAAUCACAACGUCCACCAAGUCCUCCUCACCAUCUCCCAGACCUCCAAUAUUCGAGCCCUCAUCAUCGACUUUUUCUGCACCGCCGCUCUCGACGUCGGUGCAUCUCUUGACCUCCCAACUUACUACUUUUUUACCUCCGGCGCCGCUUGUCUCGCCUUCUUCCUCUACAUUCCAACAAUCCAUAGUAACACGACUAAGAGUUUCAAAGACCUUGACAGCAAUCUUCACUUCCCUGGUAUUCCACCAGUCCAUCCCUUGGAUGUUCCCAAGCCCAUGCUUGAUCGUGCCGAUAAAGCCUACGAAGGUUUCUUAGACUUCUGUGUGCGAAUGCCGGAAUCAAAAGGGAUCAUUGUGAACACUUUUGAAGCAUUAGAGCCCACAGCUCUGAAGGCUCUAUCGGAUGGACUCUGUGUCCUUAACCGUCCAACACCGCCGAUUUACUGCAUCGGACCAUUGAUUACGGAUCGGGGCGGCGGUGAUGCUUCUGCCACCGUAGAUUGCUUGACAUGGCUUGAUUCUCAACCGAAACGAAGCGUUGUGUUCUUGUGUUUCGGGAGCUUGGGGUUGUUCUCUGCAGCACAGCUGAAGGAGAUCGCUAUAGGAUUGGAGAAGAGUGGGGAAAGGUUCUUGUGGGUGGUGCGUAAUCCACCUAUGGAAGACAAAAGUUGGCGCAAUUUAGCACCACCUGAACCGGAUUUGGAUGCUUUACUGCCCGAAGGGUUUUUGGAUCGGACCAAGGACAGGGGACUUGUGGUAAAACUAUGGGCCCCACAGGUGGAGGUAUUGAGUCGAGAAUCGGUAGGUGGAUUUGUGACUCACUCUGGUUGGAACUCGGUAGUGGAAGCAAUUUGUGCUGGGGUACCUAUGGUGAGUUGGCCCCUCUAUGCAGAGCAACGGUUGAAUCGGAUAUUUCUUGUGGAGGAGAUGAAGCUGUCUUUGUCAAUGGACGAGUCGGAAGGUGGGUUUGUGAAUGCUGACAUGGUUGAAAAACGGGUUAAGGAGUUGAUGGGAUCCGAGGAAGGGAAAGCACUUAGAGAGCGAACCUUGGCCAUGAGAGAUGCUGCAAAGGCUGCUAUGGCUGAGGGUGGGUCGUCCAAGGUGGCGUUGGCCAAGUUGGCAGAGUUAUGGAGUGGAAGUUAAAUACAUGUAUUUUUCAGGCUACGAGAGGGAGGGAGAGAGUGACAGAGGCUGAGCGCCCAGCUCGUGCCGAGCCUUGUCACUUGUUAUUUUUAAGUAAUUGCGGAUGUAUAGGAGCUCUUUAUAUAAAAAAAGGCUACAUAUAGGACCUUGCAUGUGAGCCAAUGUAUGUAUUUUAAGAUUUAUGAGAUUUAUGAGAUCAAUGAGAUGAAAGGAAUUUCAAUCUCUCUCUA